AUGGAAUCGACGGGAGAAAUUUCAAGUCACCAAGAGACCGGUUCAUCCUCUACGUCGGUGGAUUGGGCAGCAGCCUUCAAGUCGCCCGAGUUUUCCAAUGGUCUUCAAACUGCCGUGGCCGAGGCCGUCGCGAAAACGCUUGGUACACGUGCCUCCAGUGAGACAUAA